AUGGGGUCUGUUACACAGAGAUCAAUUCAUCAGAAUGAGAAAGUUGAAUGGUUCUAUCCCCGGUUUCUGAUGUUAUUUAUGAAUGAUAAAAUGAAUGAUGCUGAUAGAAACAUGUACAUCGAUUCUCCUGUUGUUCCUAUUCAGAGGACUUGUGCCAAGAUCCAGACCAGGCUGGUAAACAAGAAAAAGCAUGACAAUGUGCCACUGGUGGUGACUCCUUUCAUGCUAGAGCAAUUCACUGAGGAAGAAGGUCGUUUCGAGGAAGGCUUUCUUUUCAAUGAAGAUCAGUCUGUGGACCCUGAGCAUAUGGAAAAGGUCAGAAUGUUUAAAGCUCAACAUGAAGCUAGCAAAGCAAAGCUUCAGGAACUACAGAAACUGGUGGAUGAGAAUAGGACAACUGAUGAGUUGAUCAAGCUGGAGAAACAGAAGAUAUGGGAUGCAAAAUGCAAGGAAAAGAGAGAGGAUAUCUCUAGGAAAGUUGGUAAAAGCUGGGAUAUUGCUAGGCAAAUCCUCUCUGGACCUCAAAGGGAACCUUUCAAUGAUGGUAUUGGAUUUGCUGAUGAUUUACGUGAUAUGGAGACGGACAGUUACUCUUCAAAUGACAUCGAAGAAGUUGAUUCUGGUUGUACGGUUAGUCCUGGUGGACAUACGUAUUAUGUUCCUUAUACUGUUGAUGAUGAGAAUCUGAAGCCGUGUUUGAACAAGUCAUUUGCAAAUCUUGAAUCUGGUAUUGAUUUUUAUAAGGAGUAUGCACGAUUGUGUGGAUUUGAUAUUCGUCGUAGUGCUGAGAAGAAACACGAUGAUGGUACCAUAAUAAGCAAGUAUUUGGUUUGUAGUAGGUCUGGUAAUAGUGAAAAUAACAGUAGUUCUGAGGGAAGUACAACUCAGUUGGGUAAGAGGAGGAGGACUAUGUCUGGUAGGUGUGGAUGUCAUGCGAAACUUGUUUUAAAAUUUGCACCUGGUCAUAUAUAUUUUAUUUUUCGCUUUGUUGAAGCACACAAUCACCCCUUGGUUUCCGAAGAUUGUAGGCAGUUCUUAAGAGGAAAUCGUCAAAUGUCUACGUGUUCUAUGAAUUUUGUGUUUGAUGCGAGUAAAGUUAAUAUUGGUGCAAGCAAGGCAUUUAGAUUGAUGAAAGAGAUGGUUGGGGGAUAUGAGAAUGUUGGAGCCACGUCAAGAGAUUAUAGGAAUUUUGAUAGAGAUCUAAAAGGAUUUGUUGGUGAAUAUGACGGUGAAAUGGUUAUUGAGAAAUUUAAAGUUAAUCAAGAAACAAAUCCCUCUUUUUUCUAUGAUUAUGAGGUUGAUGACAAUGGUCACCUGACCAAACUGUUUUGGGCUGAUGCUACGGCGCGAAGAAAUUAUGAGCUCUAUGGCGAUGCAGUAUCUUUUGAUGCAACAUUCAACACGAACAAGUACAAUAUGAUAUUUGCUCCAUUUACCGGAGUGGACAAACAUAACAAAUGUGUGACGUUUGCCUCGACCCUUCUUUCGAAAGAAGAUGUUGAACAUUUUAGUUGGGCAUUUAAAGCACUAUUGAAAGCUAUGGGUAGGAAUCCUGUUUGUAUAGUGACCGACCAAUGUCCAGCAAUGAAGCAGGCUGUACCCAUUUGUUUUAAAGAAACUGAUGAUUUUCCUGCCACUAGGCACCGUUUGUGCAUGUGGCAUAUAACCGAAAAAUUCCCUGCCAAGCUUGGCAACUUUUUGUGCAAAGAAACUGAAUUUAUGGGGAAAAUGAAGAAUGUUAUAUGGUCUUCUACUAUAGAGGCUGCUGAGUUUGAGGAAGGGUGGAAAUCAGUUAUAAAAGAAUUCGAGUUAGAAGAUAAUCGUUGGCUGACAGAUAUGUAUGAUAUGAGAGAGUCGUGGAUCCCUGCAUAUUUUCGUGAUAAACCAAUGUAUGGUCUAAUUCGGACGACAUCGAGAUCCGAAAGUGAAAACUUUUUCUUCAGUCAUUUUCAUCAAAGUGGUAGUAGUUUGUGUCAGUUUUACAUUCGAUUUGAAAGUGCAAUGGAUAAGCAGCGCUCAGAAACAAAGAGGUUGAAUCACGAGUGUAGAUCUGGAAAACCCGCUCUAGUUUCAAAACUCUAUCUUGAAGAUGAUGCUUCUGAGUUGUACACUCGUUCCGUUUUUUAUAAAGUGCAGGAGGAGAUCUUGGCAGCUCGUGAUGACAUGCGAAUUCAAAGUAUUGGGCCAGAAACAAAUGGCAUUAAAACUUAUGUAAUGAAGGAUGUUAAAAUGAAAGAUGUUCUGUUUCAGGUAAAAGUCAGUAAGAGCCAUGCUGAUUGCUCUUGUAAGAAGUUUCUUAUGUGCGGCAUUUUAUGUAGGCACGCAUUCUGUGCACUUAAUCACUUUGAAGUGGUGAAGAUACCUAGGCGGCUUGUUCUUAAUCGCUGGAUGAAGAAUGCUGAAAAUAAGGCUUCGUUGAAAAUGUUUGGUGUAUCUGAUGAUCAGGAAAGCAUGGGAGCCAUCUCAAAAGAAUUGACAAAUUUGUGGUUUAAUUUUCACAAAUGUGUGACUAAAGCAGGAAAUGACCUUGAUAAACUUAAGCAGGUUAAUAAGUCAAUUCAAGGCUUAAAUUCUGAACUUGGGGAUGCGAGUGGUGGAUUUACAAAGCAAGAUUUCAUGGCGAACUUGAUAGGCAAAAGGCCUACUGGAGACAUUAGUAUCCAGCCUCCAUUGCAAUGUAAAAACAAAGGAUCCGGUUUAAAAAGGAUUGUUGGUGAAAGGGAGAAAGCAAUAAAUCAAGCCAAGAAAAAGGCCAGGAAAUGCAAAUUAUGCUCCUCAACCUUCCAUGACCAAAGGACAUGCCCUGCUAAGAAGAAAGUUGCAGAAAGUUGA